CAAAUUUUUGUUAUCUAUAUGUCUUCAUUCAGAAACAAAGGAAUUAAAUUUCUCUUAACCUGGAAACAAGAAUGAAGUUCUAAUGGAGGACAAGAAAGUAAACAUAAUUGCUAUUUCUUCAGUCUCUGCUCUUCUCAUCCUCAUCAUCGUUGCUCGAAUCAGUCUCAAACUUUCCAAAGCUUUUUUUCUCAUUUGCGGGUCAGGUAUUUCAGUCAUAAUUGCGGUUUUUGCAUUCCUUGUAGUCAGAAAUCGUUACAACCAGAGAAGAAAACUGUUAGAAUCCAAAUGGGUUUCAGAAGGUCGAGAGCUUCGGAUUGAAUACAGUUUCUUGCGAAAAGUCGCUGGAGUUCCUAUAAAAUUCCGAUACAACGAGAUAGAGGAAGCAACUGACAAGUUUCAGGCAUUGCUUGGACAAGGGGCUUCAGCCUCUGUUUUCAAAGGCAUACUGAGCGAUGGAACUUCUGUGGCAGUGAAGAGGAUCAUCGGAGAGGAGCGCGGAGAGAAAGAGUUCAGAUCGGAAGUUGCAGCCAUUGCUAGCGUGCAGCAUGUGAACCUUGUUCGACUUCUUGGGUAUUGCUGUGUCCCUUCAGGUACUCGUUACCUUGUUUAUGAAUUCAUCCCAAAUGGUUCUUUGGAUUCUUGGAUUUUCCCCAGAAGGGAUAGCCAUCUUCGGAAGAAUCAGCGAUCCGGUUGCCUUUCUUGGGAUUUAAGGUAUAGGGUCGCCGUUGAUGUUGCCAAAGCGCUUUGUUAUCUGCACCAUGAUUGCCGCUCCAGGGUUCUGCAUCUUGAUGUCAAACCAGAAAAUAUUCUUCUCGAUGAAAAUUACAGAGCAAUUGUGGGGGAUUUUGGUCUUUCUAAACUAAUGGGAAAAGAUGAGAGUAGAAUCGUGACGACGAUACGGGGAACUAGAGGCUAUCUAGCUCCUGAAUGGCUUUUGGAACAUGGAAUUUCAGAGAAAUCAGACGUAUAUAGCUAUGGCAUGGUUUUGUUAGAGAUGAUUGGCGGUAGGAGAAAUGUAAGUUGCAUAGAAAAUGGAAACGAAAGGUCAACGUCGAAAAAGAAGAAGUGGCAAUAUUUUCCGAAGAUUGUGAAUGAGAAAAUGAGGGAAGGGAAAAUAAUGGAAGUUGUUGAUAAUAGACUGGUUGACAAUGGAGGUAUUGAUGAAAAGGAGGUAAAGAGAUUGGUUUAUGUAGCAUUAUGGUGUAUACAAGAGAAGGCUAGGAUGAGACCUAGUAUGGGACUUGUGGUGGAGAUGCUUGAAGGGCGUGUAGUAGUGGAAGAACCUCCGGAUACUCAAAUGAUUGUUGUUGAUUUACUGUCAAUAGAUGAAGAUGCACCACCAGGAGACCAUGGAAGACCAAGAGGAAUCCUUGGUAAUGCUUUAAUUGGUCAUCAAGUAGAUUCCAGUGAAGCUUCUGCUUCAACAUACUCUUUUGCAAUGUCAGCACUAUCCGGGAGAUAGUAGCACAUUUUUACUUUUUUAUAUUCAUCAUCAACAUUUCAGAACUUGGGAAAGUUUUCCCUUGUGCCUAUGAUGUGAGUAUCUUAGUUGUUUUGCUUUUUUGUUUAGCUAAUUGUUCAGAAGAUAAAGAAGAGUUUCGAUUGAUUAUAAAUUGUAUGACAAAUUUUGUU